AUGGCGGAUCCUUUGUCCGUUGCCGCCAGUCUGAUCGCGUUGACCAGCUUCGCCUUCGAGACAAGCAAGUCCCUUUAUCAGGCAGUCGAUAGCUUCCAAUCCUCAAAACGAAUCAUCCGUGAGCUGCGGGAAGAAGUUGAAUCGUUGAACCAAGUCCUUGAAGCGCUGGCACAAAUGGCCGUCGAAUAUGGGGAUCAGUUAGUCAAUUUGAAGCUGCCCUUGUUGCGAUGCGGCAAGACAUGUCAAGAGUUUGAAGAAACCAUCAACAAGUGUGUGGCACACGCAGGGGGCGAGAAGAGAAGUUUUCGCGAUUGGGUCCAGCUGCAGUUUCGAGGAGGCGAUAUUGCCGAUCUCAAGACUACGUUGGCUGGUUAUAAAUCCACAAUCAACAUUGCUAUUGGUGGCGCGACUUUUCGCCAGGCCGCUGUCACAACCAAUGUUGUUGACGACUACAGAAAAAUGAUUGAUGAGGCCACGUCAGAUCUUCAAGAACACUUGGUGCUGAUUGACGAGAGAAUGCAGUCUCUUCUAGCACAGGAUGGCCCCCAGAAUAGACAUGCACCAGAAGUCAAAGACAUCAAAGAAGAAAAAGAGGGUAUUGGGCAAUGUUUGGCAAUCUGCACCGAGGUGUCACAAUUGAUCGAGGGUUUCCAAUCUCGGCAGCCGCCAAUUGACCGCUCUUCUAUUCACGCAUCUUCAAGCAAUGGCCGUGUUUCUUCAUCAGUGGCAGACACGACGAAUAAUAUACUCGUCGACUUUAAACAAAAACUGUCAAUGAACACUCAAGAUUUGAAAUCCCGGCUUCUUGAACUGGAAAAUCAACUUCAGAGCCAGAAUGGACAGAACACUAGCCCCCGUGACAGAGCUACUUUAAAGGCGAUGAAGGAAGAAAGAGACAGCAUCGAUCAAUGUCUCAAAAUCUGCGCCGACGCAUCCGAUCUUACCGCGACCGCUCGGACCAAUGUAUACGAGAACGUGGCGUCGGCCGAUAACGCGCAUCAGCUGGUUGUAUCAACAAUAGGUGAACUGAUAUCAGCCAAACAUGUCACCACUGGGUCAAAUUCAAUCCAAUGGCUCGGCCAAAUAUCUGAUGAAACUCUGCAAAAGCUCUCCGGUGAUCACAGGCACUUCGUUUCCGAGAGAAAAUCUGAUUCUGAGCUGUCGUCCACCGAAAAAGAUGGAUUUGGCAAUCGAUAUGGUACAGGGCGUCCGCUUGACGCCGAAAAGGCCCAACACUAUCGGCCCUCUUCCAGUAGUGGCCGUUAG